CAACUUGCCUUUGCUUGGAUUUUUUACUGAAACAGUCACUUGUCUCUUUCUUAAAACAUAACUUGAUAUCGUCUGCGUUUGAUACGAUUAUGUGGCUGCUCUUUCAGCUACUUCCGCUGCUGCUGCUACUUCCGGUCAGUUGCAGCCUGCAGCUGUACCGCGUUCCCUUGCGUCGCUUUCCCUCCGCCCGUCAUCGAUUCGAGAAGUUGGGCAUCCGGAUGGACAGACUGCGUUUGAAGUACUCCGAGGAGGGCAGCCAUUUGAGAGGCGAGUGGGACUCAAAAGUGAGCACUACUCCGCUGAGCAGUUACCUGGACGCCCAGUAUUUUGGACCCAUCACCAUUGGCACACCGCCGCAGAGCUUUCAGGUGAUCUUCGACACGGGCUCCUCGAAUCUCUGGGUGCCGUCUGCCACCUGUUCGUCUACAAUGGUGGCCUGCAGGGUUCACAACCGGUACUAUGCCAAGAGGUCGACCAGUCACCAGGCCAGGGGAGACCACUUUGCCAUCCAAUACGGCAGCGGAAGUCUGUCGGGCUUCCUCUCAACCGAUACUGUUCGAGUGGCCGGCCUGGAGAUUCGGGAUCAGAUCUUCGCGGAGGCCACCGAAAUGCCGGGCCCAAUCUUCCUGGCGGCCAAGUUCGACGGCAUCUUUGGGCUGGCCUAUCGCAGAAUCUCCAUGCAGCACAUCCAGCCACCAUUCUACGCCAUGAUGGAGCAGGGACUGCUAUCGAAACCCAUAUUCAGUGUGUACCUGAGCAGGAAUGGCGACAACGAGGGUGGAGCCAUAUUCUUUGGCGGCUCCAAUCCGAACUACUACAGUGGCAACUUUACCUAUGUCAAGGUGAGCCACCGUGCUUAUUGGCAGGUGAGAAUGGAAACGGCCACCAUCCGGAAUCUGGAGCUGUGUCCGCAGGGUUGUGAGGUGAUAAUUGAUACGGGCACCUCCUUCUUGGCCUUACCCUACGACCAGGCCAUACUCAUCAAUGAAUCGAUAGGAGGAACACCAUCGUUGUACGGCCAGUUUCUGAUACCCUGCGAAAAUGUUUCGAGUUUACCCAGAAUCACCUUCACUAUAGGAGAUCGUAGCUUUUUCCUUGAGGGUCACGAGUACGUCUUCCGUGAUAUCUUCCAGGACCGCAGGAUCUGCUCGUCCGCCUUCAUAGCCGUGGACCUGCCGUCGCCCAAAGGACCCCUCUGGAUUCUGGGGGAUGUCUUCUUGGGCAAAUACUAUACGGAAUUUGACAUGGAAAAGCAUCGCAUUGGCUUCGCUGACGCCAUGAGCUGAGCCCAUGUGUGCUGUUUGAUGUGCUCCUUGUUAUUUCACGGACUGGUUGCCAUAACACGCCGAAAAUCCAGCAAACAAAAAGAAAAAAAAAACACAGUUCGUGUUCAUUUGACUGACAUUUACCCUGUAUUGACUUUCUCUUUGUUAACUUUUGAACAUAAGUUGAUGGUUAAUAAAAUGUGGUUUA